AUGAAGAGUCUGGUCAUUUUCCUGCUUACUCUGUUCUUCAUCGUCUCCGCAGCGAGCUCCGGUCGGGUAGUUUCAGAGAAUUUGGCGGAAUGCAUCGCCAACAGGAGCAAUACCAGCUACCCGAGAUCGAUCCAGACGAUAUUCCACCCUGAAUCUCCUCUUUUCGCUUCGCUCCUCGACUCGAGGGUCCAGAACAUGAGAUACAUGAACAACGCCACUUCCCGGCGGCCGCAGCCGCUCCUCAUUCUGACUCCGUCCCACGAGACAGAGAUCCAAUCCGCCUUACUCUGCUGCAGGGACCACGGCGUGGAGCUCCGAAUCCGCAGCGGCGGCCACGACUACGAAGGCCUCUCCUACUUCAGCAGCAGCGCCAGCUACUACAUCGUCGUCGACCUCUUCAACCUCAACGACGUGCAGCUCGAUCUCGAGUCCGAGACCGCGUGGGUGCAAGCCGGCGCUCGGCUCGGUGAGCUCUACUACGCGAUCGCGAAACAGAGCACCAGCGCUCCCAUGGCGUUCCCCGCGGGGAUUUGCCCCACGGUGGGACUCGGCGGGCAUAUCGGCGGCGGCGGGUUGGGAACCCUGACCAGAAAGCACGGCCUCGCAGCGGAUAAUGUUCUAGACGCUUACCUGAUGGACGCUCGCGGGAGGAUCCUGAACAGGAAAUCCAUGGGGGAAGAUGUUUUCUGGGCGAUCAGAGGCGGCGGCGCGGCCAGCUUCGGGAUUGUUCUGUCCUGGAAGCUGAAAUUGGUCAGAGUUCCGCCGAAAUUGACCUUCUUCAAGGUUUCCACGACGCUGGAAGAAGGAGAUCGGAGUAACAAGCUGAUUCAUAAAUGGCAGAGAUUCGCACACGACGCGCCAGAGGACUUGUUCGUCAGGACCGUGAUUCUGAAAGUCGACGGCAGCAAGAAGGCGAACAACAAGAAGACGAUUCAAACAACUUUCGAAUCUCUGUUUCUGGGUACAGUAGAGAAGCUAAUCCCGCUUAUGAAACAGAGCUUCCCUGAAUUGGGGCUGACGGCGGGAAACUGUACUGAAGGAAGCUGGGCAGAGUCGACUCUGUUUUUCUCCGGAUAUAAACAGGGGAGCCCGCUGGAAGUCCUGCUGGACAACACCGAGAUUCAGAGAGCCAAGUUCAAGGCCAAAUCCGACUUCGUGACGGAGCCCAUACCGGAAUCUGGAUUCGAAGGGAUGUGGGAAAUCGCGAUGGAGGAAGACAAGCCGAUCGUGAUACUCGAACCUUUCGGCGGGAGGAUGAGCAGGAUUCAUGAAUCCUACACUCCAUUCCCGCACAGAAAGGGUUAUCUUUAUAACAUCCAGUACCUGGUGAAGUGGGAAGGCGACGGCGUUGAGGAAGAACAGAGGCAUCUAAAAUGGAUGAACAAGCUUUACAACUACAUGGAACCUUACGUUUCGAAGUCGCCGAGGGCGGCGUAUCUGAACUACAGGGAUUUGGAUUUGGGGACGAACUCCGUCGAUGGGAAGACCAGCUUCUCGGAGGCGAGUGUGUGGGGAGCCAAGUACUUUAAGGGCAAUUUCAAGAGGUUGUCGGAGACCAAGAGCAAGUUCGAUCCUGGGAAUUUCUUCAGAUAUGAACAGAGCAUUCCUCCAUUGUUUCACAAGUGA